GUUGAUUCCUGCGGUCGAACAUCGCCGUCUGCAUUCCUUCAGCUCACUAUUCUCAUCUACGGCUUGUUUUCUCUUGGCUUCGGCUGAUACAAGGCAAGAUGCGGUUCCUGUGCCUCUGCGGCGCCUAUGGCAGCUCUGAUCCUACCAGUCGAGCUACACUAAAAGCGGCUAACCUGUUUUGCUCUUUGAAAGCCCCAAUCGUAAACGAGCUGACGUCGGACAACACGGCAUCCUUCCACUUCAUCCACGGGCCCUGCGUCGCCAAGCCGCCCGAGGGCUUCAACGAAUACUUUGGCAAGCCGCCCUACUACCGCUUCAUCGAGCCGGACGAGGACACCAAGGAGACGGCGUCGGACGACAUCCUGGAGCGGAUUCGAGACUUUCCCGAUGGCGAGACGCCCGAGGACACGAUGCGCGAGCUCAUGACCGAGGGGCUCGCCACCAGCCACCGGUCCUUCCACGCCGCCCUCCGGUACCUGGUCGACAUCAUGGAGAGGGAGGGCCCCUUUGAUGGCAUCAUCGGCUACUCGGAGGGUGCGACGGUCGCCGCGACGCUGCUGCUUCACGAGCAGAGGCGGUUCAAGAAGAAGAGGAUCCAGCCCAUGUUCAAGUAUGCCAUCUUCUUCGCGGGGUGGCCACCCGUCGACCCGGAAUCGCACUGGAUGAUCUUGGCGGACGAGAGUGACGAGAUGAUUACCAUUCCGACGUGCCACAUCAUCGGCUCUCUUGACCCAUACGUCCACGGCUCCAUGGCCCUGUACAAUGUAUGUGAUCCUGACACGGCGUACUUGUUUGACCAUGCCAAGGGGCAUACGUUGCCACGUGACAAAGAUACCGUCAAGGAGUUGGGUGAUGUGGUGAGAGCGGCAAAGAAGGAGUAUCGGAUCGGACUGCGCUAGAUGGGACGGGCAAGUUUGAUCUUUUUGCAGGGUGUCUCCUUGUUUGCGUGAUUGUUGUGACCUCUAUGAUGAUAUUAUUGAGGAGAAGAAAGAUAGAGAAAAUAGCACCAGUGUCAUUUUUUCUACUUCUGUACAAAUACGAGAACUUAAC